AUGCUUGACAGUCAGUCUGUCAGCCCUCGGCAGAGAGGUACGGCAGUUCUAAUUCUGAUGGUCCUCGCUCUGGGCGCCAGAUAUGCUUCUGACGAGCAAAUAUCAAGAAUUGAUAUAUCCAGAAACGACGUUACCUCUUUGCAGGAGACCAUGUUGAGUCAUAUUCGGUCGCAAUUCUUUGAUGUGCUAGACACCGGGGGUGUCGAAUGUGUACAGCUGUGCAUUCUGCUGAGCACUUACCAUCUAUACAACGGUAAACCGAACUUGGCAAUGCCCAUAUUGGGCGCAGGAAUCCGGAGUGCCCAGGCCCAGGGACUUCAUAAGGAGAGCCUCUGGGGUCCUGCAACUGAUAUCGUUUUGGAAAUCCGCAAGCGAACUUGGUGGGCCUUAUAUGCUCUCGAGAGACUCUAUUCAAUUGCUGGCCCCAUCAUUAGCGAUAUCUAUGAUCUCAACGCAUCAAACCUGGAGGCCGUGAUGAUGCAGGCUGCAGAAAUCAAUACGAAACUGGUUGAAUGGUUCGAUGGACUGCCUGUAGAGUUAAGGAUUGAGCGUCAUGCCCGCCUGGACACAUCACAUUUGACGAGUGCCGAAACUGAGGUCUGUCAACUGUUUCAGCUGCAGGCACUAGUUCUCCAAUUAGCAUAUGACAAUAUCCAGAUCGUGCUGCACCGUCCGUUUGUUCGAUAUACCCGCUGUCUGCCACUUUUACCAGGUUGGCGCAACUCCGAUGCGCGCCCGACUAGCUUUGAACAGUGCAAGCAUUGUGCUAGGCGCACCUGUAGCAUAUUGCCGCGGUAUUCUAAGGUUCUCCUUGCGGCCCAAAGUACACAUGCAGCAGCGUAUAUCGCCAUUCAGAAUUUCACCGCCGGAGUCACUUUGGGCAUGGUGGCUCUGUCUGACCCGGGCUCCGAACAAUCUUUGGAUGCUAAAAGAGGUGUUGCGAAUUCAAUAGCUCUACAAAAGACACUUGCGGCAUCAUCUGUUGUAUCUUCACAAACGGUCAGGGUUCUAGAAGGACUGUUCCGACUCAUAUUCAAACGGGAGAUGCAAUCUUUACUUGAUAACUCACCUCUUCAUAUGAACAGUCCCAGUCCGAAAAACAGCUUGCCAACCUCAACAAACGAUUAUCACCACGAGACGUACCAAGAUACCAAUCAGCUGAAUCCCCACGCGAGCGACUCAUUCAAUCAACCAUUCGGAAGUCAAGAGAACACCCAACUUCUGUCCAGAAACCAAGGUGCCCUGAAUGUCUCUCAGAAUACCCCAGAAGCGCGCACCGUGAUUGACCCUGACGUUGGUCAGGAUGUUACUACUCUACCCUGUUACCCUGAAAUUGACAGGGCACUCGAGGCUGUACAACAAGUAAUGUGGGAAAAUUGCGAUACAAUGGCGCAUGCAAGCAGUCGUGCUAUGGACACGACUAGCUCGAGCUUCGCUGAUCCCGGACAACAGACGUUGGCGACCGACUUCAUCGAGCCAGACAACGCAUUCCAACCUACGACUUUGACGGCAUCAGUAGCCGACCCCGCCAGCCACGAUCUAAACACCCUACACAACUCGCUCAUUGGCCAAAGCUGGGUAUGGAAUCAGACAGAUCUCUUUCAGUGA